AUGGAGGCGCUGCCGAAACGGAAAGAUAUCCCACCGUGGAUGAGAGUUCCUGAGGACUUGAGAGAUCCUGAGGUGUUCCAGGUCCAGACGGUGCUGCUGGAAGCCAUGUUUGGCCCUGGAGGAUCUCGAAUCCCAUACAUCGAGCAAGUGAGCAGAGCCAUGCUCGAGCUGAAGGUUCUGGAAUCCUCGAACCUCACCGAGGUCAUGGUUUAUGGCAAUUACUUGUACAAACUCCGAACCAAGUGGAUGCUCCAGUCCAUGGCCGAGAGGCACCACCUGAGGCAGGAGCGAGGGAUGCUCAAACUUGAGGAUGCCAUGAAUGCCCUCGAGCUAGGCCUUUAGCUGAA